UCAAAUUGGGUGUGGAAAUGCGUGAGUCAGCAGGCUGAAGUUCUCCCCUCAGUCACAUUUUGCUCCUCAGAUCAACAUCUCAUUUGAUGUCGCGUGAGAAGUGGCGCAGCCCCUCAGCUCCGCGUGAGCUGCGCAGACCGGUCAAACUUUUUAGUGCUGUCACGCUCUCAUGUGUUCAGACUUGUUGAAUAACUUUAUCUUAACUCAUUGCACUGCCCAGGAAAGUUGUCUGUGGAUUUCGCAAACUAUGUGCGCUGAUUGCCCGACUGCUUGCGCGGAAAAGGAGCCAAUCUGUCAAGUUUUGAAACCAGGCGUGAUGGAGUCGCAAACAAAGCUGCAGCCGGGCGGAGGUGUUUGUCAGAGAGGAUGCGGGCUGCGGCUGUCCGGUGUGGACAUGGACUCCGGGCAGCACUGCUGUGUGGACGCGCUGCGCACCGUCACCGAGGCACUGGAGGAAAGAAGCGCCACUUUGGAGCAUGAAACCCGGAUGCAGAGGCUCAGGUGGAACCGGAGGGAGCAGAACCUGUUGGCCCAGGUGACAGCUCUGCAGAACGAGGCCCAGCUUUCUGCUCUCCAGUACCAGCGCAGACUGCACCAAUACAUGCUGCACAUCCACAGCAUGGCGGAGCAGGUCACCGGCUUCUGCCAGAGGGAUGUGAGGACAACUGCUGACAUGCAAAACAAGAUUUCAGAUAAAGAGGAAGAGGCUCAGGAGCAGCUGAAAGCACCUGAGGUGAAUGGAAAGGAGUUGUCCAAAUCGAGUCAUGAGGAGACUGUGGAGGCCUUUCGCACUGCCAGGGACCCCGUCGUGGUGCAGGUCAUCAGGCGGACCCCUAGCGGCCGCCCCCAUGGCCUCCCACAGGAAAUCCAUGUGGUGGAUGUGUGCACUCAGACCGACAUCACUUUUGAACACAUCAUGGCGUUGGCGAAGCUCCGGCCUUCGACCCCUCCUGUGCCUGACGUCUGUCCCUUCCUGCUCUCUGACAGCUGUCAUUCUCUUCAUACAAUGGACAAGGAUUACUAUGAAGGGACGGGCUACCUCUCCCCUGUUCCAGCUGACGGAGAGAGGACAGAGGAGUUUGAGUAUGAGGAAGUUGAAUUGUGUCGACUCAACAGCCAAGAGAAGUUGGGGCUAACUCUUUGCUACAGAACAGAUGAAGAGGAGGAUGUGGCCAUCUAUGUCAGUGAGAUCUGUCCAAACAGCAUCGCCGCCAGAGAUGGACGCAUCAGGGAGGGCGAUCGCAUUAUACAGAUUAAUGGCCAAGAUGUACAAGACAGAGAGGAAGCAAUGGCUGCCCUCUCCAAUGAUGGGAGUAGGAACAUCAUACUGCUGGUUGCCAGACCUGAGUUGCAGCUGGAGGAGGCCUGGCUGGAUGAUGAGCACAGUGAGUUCCUGGAGCAGCUGAAGAUGGAAAUGUUGGAGGAGCAGCAGAGAGAGGAGAUGGAAUUGGCUGCCUUACAGGAGGAGCAGGAGAAUGAGCAGAUGAGAGCAGAAGAUGACAAACCGACCUGCUCAACACUCCCCCAUCAUAAGGAUAACGUACUUAGUAUGAAGGACAGAAUGGAAAGCUCGGAGCAUAAUGUCCUGGCACACAUCCAACAACGUUUGUCCCAGUGCCUGAGAGACAAUCGGGACACACACCGUACCACCGGCUCCACGCGGCUGGAGGACAAAGAGGAUGAGGACGAUGAUGUCGAGGGGGAUCGUUUCCAGCAGCUCUUGGAGCUAAAGUGUCAGAUACGUAACAGCGGUGAGUACGACCUGUUCUACAGCCGGCGCAGCACUAUCGAGUGCAGCAUCGGGGAGCAGGGCGGCGUACAGCACGAGCUACGGAUGCUCAACGAGGAGCUGCGCAGCAUCGAACUAGAAUGUCAGAACAUCAUGCAGGCCCAUAACCUUCGUAAGGGCCAGCAGUCUCCCUCCACAGGACACUCUGCCCCCUCCACUAAAAACCAAAGCCUCAAUCGUAGUGACCCAUCCAGGGGUAAAAUUACUGACAUGGUAAAAUCCGACAAGGACAGCUCCAGUGCCUAUAACACGGCGGAAAGUUCACGAAGCACCCCUCUGGCAAUGGACCGCUCCCCGGAGCACUCACUACAGAGAAUGGUCAGCCUCACUAACCAGAGGAACCUCCGCAGUGGACUAGCAGGUGGCCCUUCUCUUAGCCCAAGCCCCAUCCCAGCAUACAAUGCUGCAGUCCCAGGGAAAAGUAGCAGCCCAGACCACAGCAAUCAGUCAAAAUCAAACCAGACUACUCAGGCUGAGGAGGAGAGCAGUGAGAACUUAAAGCCACUUGCUUCCCAGAUUCCAUACUUCUCUCCAUCCCACAGUUCCCAGCAGAGGCAGGUCAACAUCCCCGCACAUGCCCGCCACUACCAGAGCUACAUGCAGCUGAUCCAGCAGCACUCAGCUGUUGAAUAUGCUCAGAGCCAGCUUAGCCUGCUCAGUGUCUGCAAAGAGCCUCAGAGGCCCGUUAAUGAGCCCAAGAUGGAGUGGAAGGUCAAGAUCCGAAGCGACGGUACGCGCUACAUCACCAAGAGGCCUGUGAGAGACAAGAUCCUGAGGGAGCGAGCCCUGAAGAUUAAAGAGGAGCGUAGCGGGGGAAUGACCACUGACGAUGAUGCAAUGAGUGAAAUGAAGAUGGGGAGGUACUGGAGUAAAGAGGAACGAAAGCAGCAUCUGGUCAGAGCAAAGGAACAGAGGCAGAGACGAGAGUUCAUGCAGCGCAGUCGGCUGGAGAGUUUAAAGGAGAACCCUCAGAGCAGCAGCGAGGGUCGCAAGGAAGUCAGCAUUAUCGAGCUCAGCCAGAAGAAGAUGUUGAAGAAACGCAACAAGAAGAUCCUGGACAACUGGAUGACCAUCCAGGAGCUGAUGACUCAUGGUACCAAGGCCCCUGAGGCAGGGGCUAAGGUGCACAACGCCUUCCUAUCAGUCACUACUGUAUAAAACUAACACUCACAUUCUACCCCAUGCGGUAUACUAUACUUGCCUCGUUCAAUGUGGCGUUUUUAUGAGGACAAUAGGAAUAUUUUUCACACUUUGUAACCCAAAAAGCAUUUUGUAAAGAAUUUAUCAGUGUUGUCAUGGCAUUUUCUUCAUGUUUUUUCAAUAUUGUUUUUCACAUCACUAUGCGGGAAAAACAUUUUCUAUGAAAUGACGACUAUAUAAUUAUUUUAAUACUUAUAAACAUUUUUAUCUUUUCAAUUCUAUUUUCAUAUUUAUGUUACGUAACCAUAUACUCAAAAUGGUUGAAUGUCAUAUUAAGAAAAGUGAAUAAUUUUCUUUUAUUGAUUGUGUUUACUUGCUAAUUGCAACACCACAUGAGUCGGUGGGUCUCAUGCUUUUUACUUUCUUUUAUCGUUCAUUAACAGAUCUACUUAUUCUUUAAAGCUGAAAUCAGUAAGUCUUUUAGUUUUCUUAAGAGGAAUUAUUUUUCAGACUACUGGUUCUUAAAAAAUGUAUUGGAAGUCUAGCAGUCAACCACAGAUAUAUCAGCAAAUGAUGAUAGCCUAAGGAUGUUUUACAAAAUAAAAGUUCAAAUGAGGUACACGUUUCAGCUUUAAAAGGACAUCAAUAUCUAACAUUCCAAUCCUAGUACUGUCUAUCCUUUUCAUGAUGAAAGAUUGAGAAUAACUGCGGCAAGAAUGUGUUUAAUUCCUGAAAUGUUAUGAAUUUGAGAUAAAUCCAAAAGGGAAAGAAUCCAGUGUUUCACCGCUAACUGCCAUAUCUCUUUUGUCUGGGAAAUCCUCAAAGUACCGAAUAUUCAACAUUGUAAAUUAUGAAUACAAGCAAAAGUGUCUCAUCAAAAACUCAAUUAACUUUUGUUGAUGUAAUUUUUAUUAGCAGCAAUUUUAUGACAGCAUUUAAAAGUGAAAUACCUCAUUUUAAAGUGAAACUCUUCAUAUGUUGUUUCUAUGGCAUGUGAACUUGAGCCACUUUUCUUACAAACAUAAAACAACACUGCUACUCUGACUUUGUGGAAUAUGCACUAUGUAUACUGUACUGAAGAGUUUCUUUAGUGCAAAGUAACCAAAACAUAGUCCAAAAUAUUCGAACAAAUUGCCACUGCGGCAGCUUUGUUUGUAUAUGUUGCAGCUUUGGGUAAAAUCAAUUAGUAUUCAACUUUGUUUUGCCAAAUAUUGUAUUUUGAUUUCAGCAUUUUCAACUUCAGAUGGACCUGCUCAUAGCUUUGAUGUACCGUUUUUUUACAUCCUCAAAAUACACCUUUACUCAGCAUAGCCUUAACAGCAAAAUGGUAAGUUUGUGUUGCCAACUGAUUACAUACACAAACGGUCUCUGGGUGUCUCUGUGCAUUCAGCCUUAUUAACACAUGUAUAAUUAAGAUUUUAGUUCCUGGAAAAUACAAUAUAGUCGUUCCUUAUGUUUGAGUUGACAUUAAACAUGUGUUAGGAUGAUUGCCGCUGAGCAGGACUCAGAACACAGCAUAUUAAGGUCAUUUAAAAAAACUAAGCUGGUUAAAUGAAUGCGUUGCCAUUUACCAUCCGACUUUAAAGUCCACUUACAUGUACAGUAUCCUCAUUCGAAAUGCCUCAUUUUUAACUGAAGUAUUGUACAUUUGAAAUUUUAAACUGAACCUUGUACUUGUUUUAAGUCAAUGUCAAUGGUCUAAUUUCAAGUAAUGCGUAGUUGGCACAUUUGUAGCCGGGUAAAAUGUGUGAUAAUGGUGAUCUUUGGAAAAGAAAUGAUAAUAAAUUAUUGUUUUUUGGUA